AACAGCAACACUAGUAGCAGAAUAGAAGCAGGGGUGGUCGGUUCGGUGGAAACGUUCAUUAUUGCGUGCUGCGCGUUGAGUGUGUUGAUUGUUUACUCAAAAAAGUCACAAUCUAGUCCCUUCCAUAAAAAAAAGUUGCGAGCCGCGUUUAAAAAUCACCUCGGUUUCGUAACAGGAUCAGAAUCUUCAUCGUCCGACCGUGAGUGAAUUGAUGUGGAAAAGUUGUGACCUCAAAUAGCCAAUCUAGUCCUUUCGAAGAAUACGACGUCGUCGCUUUGAUGCUGAUGGGAGGAAAAUCGAUGUACUGUCGUGUCUAACACAAAAAUGGCGUCGCGGCGUCCGCUGGGUUCUGGUUCCUCUACCGUCGUUGCUUAUCGGAGUCUCCAAUCGUUCGAAGACGAGCUACAUUAGAGACUGUUUCGAUGCACCAUAAUCGAACGGACAAUCUAUUCUGGAAGUGUCUGGUGACAAAGUGAGUUUUAUUUCCGGAAAAGUACAUGUCGAAGGCAAACAAAAAUCGAUAAUUUCUUGCGCUCGUUUCGCAAUCGUCUUCGGAAAGCAGCACUCGCGCUACUGCAGAGGGCGAUGUGCCAAGGGAUCUUUGAACUUUCGGGUGCUCUUUUGACCUCAUGCCAAGGCAGCGACGAUAGCAGUGAAUGUGGUAGAUGAAACUGUACGGUUCUAUUGAAGCAAAGGAAGCGGGGAGCGCAUGUAGGGUCUAUCGUUUCACCCCAGUGUGUAGGAAAAAGAUCUAGAAACUAGCAAGGGGGUGGGAUGAUAUCGAUUUUUUUUGUUCGCUUGCUAUUAAAUCGUUGACCACAACCGAGGAGAGCCCUCGUGACUAAUCCGAACCCGUGUUGUGCGCUUGCCUCUGUAUUUUUAGUGUCGAUGUGAGUGAGCGAAGUAUACAGCACGAGUCACAGUUGUCCUUCAAGAGUCUCAAGUAGCUCAAGGUAGUUCGCUUUUGGAAAGCAUAUUAGUGUUUAGGAAGACACUUGACGAUGAGUUCCGGACAGUCCCAACAAUUUUGUGUACGAUGGAAUAGCCACUUAGGAAGCAUCGGAGCAGCGUUUCCUCAGCUGUUGGCCGGCCAGCGGUUCGUGGAUGUGACACUUGCCUGCGAGGGUCACCAGGUGCACUGUCACCGGCUGGUGCUGGCGGCAUGUUCGACCUUCUUCGAGAACCUGCUGGGCGAGAACCCGUGCAAGCAUCCGAUCAUCAUACUCCCGCGGGAAAUCAAAUUGUGGGCCAUACAAGCAUUGGUAGAUUUCAUGUACAAAGGAGAAGUGAACGUAUCUCAGGCCGGUUUGCCAGAUCUGAUGAAAUGUGCCGAAAUACUGAAAAUUCGUGGCUUGUGCGGAUCGGAUGCGGCACUCAAUCUCAAUCACAUCAACAGCCCCGCUAGGAACACCGCAACCGGCAGCACAUCGCUGGCAGGUGCGGGUCAACCGAACGACACGUCAAAUCAUAGUGGCCAAAGGGAAAGCAGUCCGCAACGUGCAGAGCACGGUAAGAUGCAGCAAAACAGUGCGCUCAGUGGCACUAAAAUUGGUGGAAACUUGCUGCACAGCCUCAACCUUCAACCGGUAGCCUCAUCAACGCCAGCGAAGACAUCUAGUCAACAACGACUGCAAGAGCGGAAGUCACAUAGUUUUCAGCACAGCGGUGAUGACGGCGAGAACAGCGACAACGGCGGUAGUGGGAAUGAGAUGUGCAUUAAGACGGAAGAUCUGAUCAUAGAUGAAGAUGCUGGAAAAGGUGACGACGAAGAAGACCUGGAACUAGUUGGAUGUGACAAAAAUCAAGCAGAGGACGACGAUGCCGUCGAGGAUGAAGACAUAGAGGACUUUAUCGAAGAUGUAGAUCAAGACCUCCGACCGCUCGACGAGCGAACGCAAGAGCGUCACGAAAGUAAUACUAGUAAUAAUAAUGUUUUCACAAUCACCGUUACGGACGACACCAGUAGAAGUAGUAAUCAAGCUAAUUCCAAAACGUCCCAAACAAAACAAGUGACCUCCUCAUCUUCCUCGCCUCUGCCGUCGUCGUCAUCGUUGCUGUCGAUUCUAACACGUGGCUCCAUCCGGGUAAAAUCGAAUGAAAAUCUCUUUGAUAACCAUAAACAGCAAGCCCAAGAGCUCAUAACUCCUAAAAAGUCCGCGAGCCGGCAACACGUUCUUUCGCCUUACGCUAUCGCUGGUAUCGGUGGUGACGAUGGUGGUGGUGGUGGUGGUGGUGUUGGUGGUAGCAUGAGUGUUGAUGAUGGGACUGAUUCCGGUGUAUCCGGUCUUCCAUCUUCUUUAGUGUACAAUCGAAACACAAUGGAUAUAUACGUGAAACCAAAGAGAGGCAUCGGGGGCGCCAGCACGGCUAGCAAUCCGGACAUAUCGCUCGAGGAAGCUGGAAGUGAACUAUCCACCGAUGGCUACGAGAAUAUCAUCUGCUCGCCCAAUUUCCCUCAACUUGGUGGCAGUACGAUGGGCAGCUAUCAGGAUGAUGAUUACGACGAUUUCGACAUCCAAAUUCUGCCAGAUGAUAGCUCGAUGACGAAUGGUGACAGCGAUGGCGGUGGAGAUGAUGAGCUGGUCUAUCCUCCUCCGCUUCUUCCGUUCGGUAAUUCCGAAACGAGCAUCACGCGUGUGCCAUCGACCAAAGGGAGGACCAGAACCAACGGUGGACCGGGCCUACUUCCCACUAGGAGGUACGGCCGACAGUCCAGCGGACGAGGUGGCAGUAGUAGGCUACUCAGUCGCCUAACCAGGGAGAGCAGUGACGUUAAGAUACCACUGGCCAAUGGAGUGGCUAUUCCUCCGUCGGCAUUCGUGCUGAGAAAUCCACGUGGUAAUCAGCCUCGGUCGUACAACACGGAUGCUCUGUGGUCUGCCCUGAUGGACGUCAAAGCGGGCGAAAGCAUAUACAGAGCCUCACAAAUCCACAAAGUUCCUCGCAAGACGCUUCGUAACUGGAUGAAGCGUUGGGACAUCAAGUCCGCCUAUCCGAUGCCUCGGCAGCUGAAGGAAGCCGCCGAAAAGAAACGCAUCAUCAAAGAACUGACUGAGCAGGCACAGCACCUCAGCGACGAGCCAAUACCGUAGUGGUAGUUUUUAGCGCCGUAGUGCGAUUUUACAAAAAAAAAAUAAACGGAAAAAGAUACCAUAUAUAUAAUCGUUUUUCUACAAUUAUAAACGGGAGAAGAACAAGAAAAAAGAUCAGUCAGAGUAUAUGGCUAAAGAGAGACCUUAAAAAUAUAUAUAUUUUCAGUUUUAGUAGCUAAGACGUACCAUAAAGUGUGUGUGAAAAAGGAAUACUUUCCUAAGAAACGGUUCAAAGCAAAGUCUAGUUCGGUAGUUUUAAGAUUAUUUUUAUGUUUCGAAAGCAUAUUAAUAAAUAGCCACCAAAAUCUCCUAAUUUUAGGUCUGAUAAUUUUCGAACAGGGCACUUGACAUCAUUGAUUAUAUAUUCCUAGUACCCCAUCUGAAAUUUUUCUGUGCAUUAGAGCUAGAACAAUCUCGGAUCUCGGGCAUAUAUGUCAAUGACUUUCAGUGUGUGUUCCUGCAGUACUUCUUGGGUAGCACUAAACUCAUUCAGUCGAUCGAUUGGCGUACUUUCAUUUAGGUUAGUAGAUCUAUUUCUAGUCAAAUGUUGAAACCCAACAUCACUAACAUUUUCCCAAGGGCUUUAUACGAUUCUAGUUUAGCAGCUUUAGUCACGCUCGGUUGCAAUGUACCAUUUUGUUAGUAUUUAAGUGAUCAUAGAAUAAUUUUUAUACCUUAGUGUUAGUUUCCCUCUCGCACCAAUAUUUUCUAUUGUAGUAGGUACUUAUGAAUAUGAAACCUUAAAAAGAGUGUAAUUAAGCAAGAGGUUUUAUUUAAUUAUUUUAUUUGAACCAAUCUAGUGUCGUUUCAUCAUCACCAAAUACGUGAAAGUCAAUAAAGUGAUUUCAUCCAAAUAAA